AUGGAGAUAGUUCACAUCAACAACCCGUGGCAGAUCAGCCAGGUGCCGGUAUACAUCAGAGUGCUGGACGUCAACGACAAUGCUCCAACAUUUGCCACCAAUUAUGAGACGUUUAUGUGUGAGAACGCGAAGGCUAAUCAGGUUGGUUCUUACCAAACACUGGGCCGUCGUCAUGUGAUCGUGGUGCUGUUCGCUGCACUGAGGAGGCAGAGGAAGAAGAAGCCUCUGAUCAUCUCCAAAGAGGAUGUCAGAGACAACGUCGUCAACUACAACGACGAGGGCGGUGGCAAGGAGGACACCCAGGCCUUCGAUAUCGGCACACUGCGAAACCCGGAGGCCAUUGAGGAGCGCAAACAGCGACGGGACAUCGUGCCCGAGACCUUCUACCCUCCGGUCCGACGGCCAGUUCUGCCCCCGACCCAGGACAAUAACGGGGACGUGAGGGACUUCAUCAACCAGAGGCUCCAGGAAAACGACAGUGACCCGACGGCGCCGCCUUAUGACUCCCUCUCCACCUACGCCUACGAGGGCAACGGCUCGGUGGCAGAGUCCCUUAACUCCCUGGAGUCGGUGACUACCGAGGGCGACCAGGACUACAACUACCUGAGCGAGUGGGGGCCGCGGUUUAAGAAAUUGGCAGACAUGUAUAGGGGCGACGACAGCGACAGGGAUUCCUAACGAGAACCUCGGCAAGCAGACAAGGAAGUAAUGUAGAAAACUUUCAGGCAGUUCUGGUGCAUGUGCGGUGGGUUAAAGGACAGAGGAAAGAGCUUGGUUUUGUCCAAAGCGCUCUUUCGCCGCCUUCGACCACCAUUCAUUGUCCCUCCGGUGACAAGACGUAGGUUUUGUGUGUCCAGUCCGUGUUAGUUGCGUUUUUGCGAGGGCACAGUAAAAAGAGACUUUGUGUCGAGACUUUUUUUGUGUGUGGAUAUGGGGUGUACACGAGGCCCAAACAUAUCUAUACUGAUAUUUUUUUGUUUUAGUUUCUUUUGGUUUGUUUUUUUCCAAAGCUGUCUGUGAUGGACACGCUCUACAAGCAGUUUUGUAAACCAACAGAUAUGCCUAUGGACUUUUCAGUGUUUCUGGGACAAAAACAUGCUGCAUAUUGUGAGUUCUAUCUUAGCUUGUGUAUGUACGGUAACAUGAUACGAUACACUGUACAGUUGUUUUGUUUUUCUAGGGAUUUCUAUCUUCCGAACAAUCCCCCCCUUUUCAGCGACGGUUGCCUCACAUUAACCACCGUUGAGUUUGAGCCACGGGAAGAAUCUUGCACCAGAUUGGACAGGAGAGGAGCAAAAAGCGGAAAAUGCUCUUCAAAGUCGCGGUACAGGAUUGUGGGAUUUGUGGCUUCAGAAACGCACCACUUUGUCAUUUUUUCAGCUUCGAGCAUCCGCUGUGAGGUCAGCCCAAAUAGCAAAUAUUUCCUUCUUGAGCUGAAUGUCGUCAGAGCAGGUUUUUGAGAAGUGAAGUACACAGCAGUGUUAUUUUCUACGCUAUAAUAAAUAUUAUAGGCUCAGUUAGAGGAACAUACUGGUCCUGUCAGCCUUUUUUUUUUUGCUCACUUUACCCCACAAAUGUUGGAGGAUCAGUAAGUCGAAUCAGUGCCAAGACGACGCUGCUGAGCUUGAAACUACAGCAUUGAAUUACAUUAGUUACCAUUAAAAUUCAUUAUGCAGUUUUAUUUUCUUCCCCUAAAUGGUUCGUUUUAUCAGUUCAAGUGAUGAAGGGAAAACAGGAUUUGAAUCAGUGCAACAAGCAGCAAACAAGUAUUUCUAAUUUGAUUCUGUCCGUCUGUAAAGUCCAAUAAAUGAAUUAACAGUUGCCUUAAAUUACAAAAUUACAAACUAGAUGUUCUCAUUUUUGGGGUCAGACUUUUCUCAUAAGGAAAUAAAGUAUAAAUGUACCACAUGACCUUCCUUACUUUCAAGUUUUUCUUUAAGAUAAAAUUAAGGUUGGGUAUUGCUUGUAUUUGAUCGAUUCUGCUUAUCGAUUACGGUUCUUACGACAAUCCUACUUUCACAUUAAUGAUGUACUUCAUUAUAAUAUGUUACAGAAGGAGUUUUCCCCGUAUUGAGUACUCUGAGUAACAGUUUCAAUGCAAGACUUCUACGAUGUGGGAUUAGUACUUCUAUCUUUGUCAACACUUAAAAAUCACAUGAAUUAAUGUAGUUACUGUGUUUUUUUACACAGCUGCAACUUAUGAGCCACUAAAACUGAUAAAUUCUAUGUAAAGCCCAAAAUUGAUGCCAACGCUGCAACUACACGAACAGCAGUCUUGUUCUAAAGAAUACAUAAAUUCCAACCUAUUCUCGGCCUCUGAAAGGACUAGAAAGUAGCAUAAUAACAACUAGUGGACUUCACAGUUUGAGAAACUUCGACUGGUGAUUUCAUUCUUAAAUGUUUGCAGUGCGGUUCGUCUUCACCUGAAUCUCAUCCACAGAAAAACAGUCCAUCAUCGUCGUUGACUCAAAGCUCUCACCUGGAGGCGAGGUUCCGACCACUGUUCCCUCUAAACUGCGCGCGUGCGCAAUUGCGCACUGCUGACACGGUCUCCGCGCACAGAAAAUCUGCGCUGCGCACAAAAAAAAAAUCCAACCUAAAUUGUAAAUAAAAUAAACAGGUAACAAUUCAUUCUGUGCUAUUUUUCAGUGUGAGUCAGUGAGUGACGGUGACUGGCUGCUGCAGCCAAUGAUGCGAUUCACAUACGUAUUUACCAUAGACUGUAUAUAAUGGUAUUUACGCAGCUAAUCGUCAGACGUCCUUAUGUGCAGCCACCGUUGUUCUCAUAGAUAUGAAUCAGUAGAUAGGCCACGCCCCAUUAAGCUGCGUGCUACAGCGAGGCUAAGCUAGUGGGGGCAAAGUUUCAGUGCAUUCCGUUGAUGUAGACCGUGUGAAAACGGAAACAAGUAUGCCGUCUCACUGUGCUGCAUACAGUUACACACUGCGUAGUACGAUUGAGACAAGGAAACUUGGAUUGACUUUUCAUAGGUAAGAAUAGUUUUUGGCUCUUUUUUCAUUAUGAAAUCUUGUUGAGAGCUUCCAGUCUAUGAGAGCUAACUAGUUAGCCACUAGCAAAACGCUAAGGCGAGCUAGCAGCUUGACAACCAAAUACCAGACGAUUAAUAGUAGCUGUAGUAUAGUUGUACAAGCAGUAGUAGUAAUACUAAAAGUACAAACAGCAGUAGUAGUAUAAAUAGCUGUUAGAGUCGUAGAAGUAGUAUCAGCAUUUGUAAUAGUAUUACAAGUUGUAGUAGCAGUGCCAGUAUCAGCAGCAGUAGUGUACUACCACCACUACUAGUAGUAGUCCCAUUGCUGUUACUACCACCAAUACUACUAAUAGUAGUUCAAAAGCCUAACUCAUAUAUAUCUAGAUUACCGUCUAUGUUCUUCCUCCAAACCUAUUUUAUGAUUGGGAUUACAGGCAGUUCUUUAGGACUGCUCUCAAAUAAUUGAAAUGUUGCUAAACAAGGUUAUAAUUAUCAAAUUAAAUAGCUCUGGUCUCCAGUAUAUUGGCGAAUUCGGUUCUUUGUACUUAAUUUAUUCGCAUGAUUUCUUUUUAAUAUGUUGUGUACAGACUUAAUUACUUCUCUGUCUACUUUUCUUACUCCAUGUAGGUUUCCCAGAGACUAUGGGUUGAGGAGGAAGUGGAAGUUUGUCGGCUUAGACCUGGUGUCAUUCCAUCAGUGUUAAACUUCCUGGCUCAUCUUUGAAGAGUAUGUGCCAGAAAGACCACGACCAAGCAGCCUUGAGA